ACUCUUUUCUAAGGAGGAAAAUAAAGUAACAAUAAACAUGGCUCUUCUUGGAAUCUUUCUUGUGGUGGCAUAUUUUUCUGUGGUCUCACAACAUGUCAUUGGAUAUGGAAAUUGGAUCAAUGCUCAUGCCACUUUCUAUGGUGGAAGUGAUGCUUCUGGAACAAUGGGGGGUGCUUGUGGAUAUGGAAACCUGUAUAGCAGUGGAUAUGGGACAAAUACAGCAGCACUAAGCACAGCACUAUUCAACAAUGGAUUAACAUGUGGAGCAUGCUAUGAAAUAAAGUGUGUGAAUGACCCACAAUGGUGUCUUCCAGGCUCCAUUGUAGUAACUGCCACUAAUUUCUGUCCUCCUGGUGGAUGGUGUGACCCUCCAAAUCACCAUUUUGAUCUCUCACAACCUAUUUUCCAGCACAUUGCACAAUACAAAGCUGGAAUUGUGCCUGUAGUUUAUAGAAGGGUAAGGUGCAGGAGAAGGGGUGGAAUAAGGUUCACCAUCAAUGGACACUCAUACUUCAAUUUGGUGCUAGUGACAAAUGUUGGAGGUGCAGGUGAUGUGCAUGGUGUGGCCAUUAAAGGGUCAAGAACAAGAUGGCAAUCCAUGUCAAGGAACUGGGGGCAAAAUUGGCAAAGCAACUCAUACCUCAAUGGCCAAAGUCUUUCUUUUAUAGUCACCACAAGUAAUGGACACAAGGUCUUGUCUUAUAAUGUUGCCCCACCUAAUUGGUCCUUUGGACAGACCUACACUGGAAGGCAAUUCAACUACUAACCAAUUAAAUUAAUAAGUUACCCUUAAUUAAUUAAUUCAGAAUAUUAUUUUUCAAAAUAAUUUUCAGUAAUAUUUCUCUAUUUUAAAAUAUCUGUUUUUUUCUGAUAUUUCGAUAUCUCCAUAUUUAACAUAUAUAUAUAUGGAUGUGUCGAAUUUCUAAAGUUGACAGAUAUUUUAAUUUUAAAAAAAUUAUUAGUAUCCUUGGAUUAUAGUUCGAAGAACUAUAUAUGCGAAGGUUGAAUUGUAGUGUAGGGUGAGUCAUUGUUUGGCUGAAUGGAUAAUUAAGAAGAUUUAGCCCUUAAUAGUUUGAUUUUUAUAUAUAAUUAUUAUAAUAAUUAUAUAUUUGUAUGUAUUAUAGCAAGGUGGGCUUUUGCAAAUGAUGUGGUAGCUUUAUUUAUGCUAUGCCUUUGCAAAAGGGCUACAUUGCUCUAUUGAGAAAGAUUAAUGUCAAAAGAAGAGGAUUAUUGUUGAUUGUGCACUUAAUUAAUUGUAUUUUCGUUAUUGAAGAAUGAAUGAGAAAUGUCAUAAUGAAUACCCCCCUAUGUGUAAAAAGUAAGA